CUUUCUCUCUCUCUCUUUCUCUAACUUGCUCUCCCACCCUCCCUCCAUUCUUGCAGGGUAAGAGAAGUCGGUGUAGAUGGGGAAGUGAAAGGGUUGGGAGACAGAAAGCAAAAGAAAAGGAAAAAAGAAGAGAAACUUGAUUUCGAUUUUUUAUUUUUUUAAACUUUCUUUCCCUUCUUCCUCUCUUUUGCCUCUGCUGCGCUGUAAGAGAAGAGAGAGAGAGAGAGAACGAGGGUGAGAGAGGAUGAAAGUGGCUGGAUUACAGGGCUGCUGAGAACACGGAGACACUGACAGCUACUCAACCUCGCAGACUCCAACUCUGAUUGGAAGCUUGUGUCAGAAUGACAGCGGAAGACUCCGCCUCUGCCGUCAGCAUGAGCAACUCCAGCCCCUCUUCCAACUCUAAGGCAGCACCCAACCACCCAGGCCAGCACGAUUCCGUCCCAGAGGGCGUGGCUGGAGCCCCUAAUGAAUCUGCUUUGUUGGCCCUAAUGGAGAGGUCGGGGUACCGGAUGGUGCAAGAAAAUGGACAGCGCAAAUACGGACCACCCCCCGGCUGGCAAGGCCCCUCCCCUCCACGUGGAUGCGAGAUCUUCGUGGGCAAGAUCCCUCGGGACGUCUACGAGGACGAGCUGGUGCCCGUGUUUGAGAUGGUGGGACGCAUCUACGAGAUGCGUCUGAUGAUGGACUUCGACGGGAAGAACCGUGGCUACGCUUUUGUCAUGUACACACAGAAGCAUGAGGCCAAGCGUGCAGUCCGAGAGCUGAACAAUUAUGAAGUGCGCCCAGGGCGGUUGCUGGGUGUCUGCUCUAGUGUGGACAACUGCCGCUUGUUUAUAGGUGGAAUCCCCAAGACCAAGAAACGAGAGGAGAUUCUGGACGAGGUCUCCAAAGUGACUGAAGGCGUCCUGGACGUGAUUGUGUACGCAAGUGCUGCAGAUAAGAUGAAGAACCGCGGCUUUGCUUUCGUAGAGUAUGAGUCUCAUCGUGCAGCUGCAAUGGCCCGGAGGAAACUUAUGCCUGGACGCAUUCAGCUCUGGGGUCACCAGAUCGCAGUCGACUGGGCAGAACCUGAAAUCGACGUUGACGAGGACGUUAUGGAAACAGUGAAGAUCCUGUAUGUUCGCAAUCUGAUGAUUGAGACCAGCGAGGAGAUACUCCGCCAGACCUUCGGCCAGUUCAACCCAGGCUGCGUGGAGCGCGUGAAAAAGAUCCGAGACUACGCCUUCAUCCACUUUACCAGCCGCGAUGACGCCGUGGCCGCCAUGGAUAACCUAAACGGCACUGAGAUUGAGGGGUCGUGCAUCGAGGUGACGCUGGCCAAGCCGGUGGAUAAGGAGCAGUACACUCGCUACCAGAAGGCGUCCAAGGGAUCCACCGCCUUGCCUAGCACUGAGACCACCCAGCAGAAUUAUUUGUACCAGUGCGAUCCUUACACACUCACUUACUAUGGGUAUCCCUACAACCCUCUCAUCGGACCCAAUCGUGACUACUUCAUCAAAGCAGGUACUGUAAGAGGGCGUGGCCGGGCUGGAGCCGGUAACAGGGGCCCAGGGCUCCGCGGCUCAUACCUUGGCGGCUAUUCAGCUGGCCGAGGCAUUUACAGCCGCUACCACGAAGGAAAGACCAAGCUGCCGGACAAACCAUAUGAGCUCAUGUCCAGUCUGGAGCUGGCAGCUGUUAACCCAGUGGGCAUUAAGCCUGGCACAAUGGCUUUGCCAGCUCUUGGUGCACAGUAUCCUACCGUAUUCUCUGCCACUCCUGCUGCUACUAAGCUGGUGGAGGAUGGGAAGAUGCACCCAGUGGAGCACCUGAUCAACCCUCUGGCGCUCCAGCACGACCACACAGCUGCUUCUGCCAACGCUGCUGUCAUCCCUUCAGUGUCCACGCCUCCACCCUUCCAGGGUCGUCCCAUCACUCCUGUGUAUGCAGUGGCUCCUAACAUGCAGCGGAUCCCGGCGUCAGCCGCUGGUCUGUACAGUGCUGGCUACGUGCCCAUGGCCGCCCAUGCUAACACAGCUGCCCUGGCAGCGCUGCAGAAGAACGCAGCCAUAGCUGCUGCUUAUGGAGGUUAUACCGGCUACAUGCCCCAAGCCUUCCCUGCUGCUGCAACCUUCCAGAUGCCCAUGCACGACAUCUACCAGACCUACUGAAACAACCCACAAGUGUCCCAGCAUGUCAGACAGACUAAAACACAACUCAAAACUGCUGAGCUGCAGCUUCCUGAGACAUAUACCUGAAGCCUAACCUACUGACCGCCCAUUAAAAAUAGGCAGAUGACCUGAAGCAAAUCUACUGACCCCAAAAAGAAAGAAAGAAAACAGCCUGAACUAAACUAACAGCGAGCCAAGACAUCCGUCACACUGCACACAUCAAAAAGAGAUGAGACGCGACCAGACCUACUGGCCUAAAUGAUUUUGCCCAGGAGCUUUGGCUGCGUCUUUGCACUCCACUAGACCUACUGACCUACGUACAUCAACUGAUGCAUUGCUCACUCCAGACGUGACUGCAGAACAUGCUGACCUAGACUCCUUAACACUGAACUGGCUUGACUAAAGCUACUUACCCGACUCGACUAUGCACAUUCAGCCAAAUGUGAGAGCAAUUUAUGACUGACCAAAUCUUACUGACCUUACUCACGGACUGUUAGCACCGGUGUGGCCUGCUGAUAUCAGUGUGCGUGCUACUUAUCAUUCAUCUCUUUGAAGGGCACCUUCAUUCCUAUUGUGAUACCUCCAAAAGCAUCUCAUCUCAAGUUCCUACAAUGUGACCAUUGUCCAGCACUCCAUAUCUCUGACCUGACCCCGAACUAUUAUUCUUCUGUGGUUCUGAAAUAAUAACAGCUAAGUAGAGCACAUCAAAUGUAGCCAUCUUUCUGAACCAAUUCAUCUGCACUGAUUCUGCAUUUCUUACACGUUGAGCAUUAGGUCUCAAUCUGGGCACAUGGCACGAUUUAUACAAUUCGCUAAUAUCUAAUUCAGUAACACUGAAGGGCAGCAUUUGUAAAAAUACGUUAACAUUUAAAGCAUAUUCUAACAAAGCAUGACAAAAUUCAUGGGACAGGAAUUAGUAUCUUGUUCCAGCAAAAUGUCAGGCCAUGUCUCAAGCUUUUAAUAUUAGAUUUCAGAUUCAGCACAAAACAUAGGAUACUAAGAAUUGGUGGACUGAUUAACGUCUCUUUGGGAAGGAUUUCUGACCAGACUAUUCCUUGAAAACUAGAAAAAAUACUAGAAUACUUAAAAAAACCCUAAAACUAGUUAAUAAAUCCACAAUAACAUCUUUGUCGAAUCUUUGUCGUUGUUUCGUUGAUGUUUCACAUCAAUAUCGGGAUAUCCAUCAUUGUUAUUUAAAAUUUGGCCAAAAACAUCAUGCAGUGUUCACCCAGCAAGCUCAACUCACUCUCUUAUCAUAAGGCUGUAAGAAACGCUUAACCAGUGCCAAAUAUAAGAAUGUAGAGUCCAGUAAUGUGAGAUAAUAUAAUACCAAUAGUUGGAGGGAAAUGCUAUAAAACCAGCAGGAUCAUACUUACUGACACUCCACGUCCAACCUGAACCAGUCAACCUGAACUGAACGCCUUGAACCUUCAGGGUACCUUCACUGUAACCCCAACACUCCAGGGUAACUUGUCUAUCUUUAAGAAGAAUACUGAAGGAAUGUUCAUAUAUAUUUAUAGACAUUAUAGACAUAAAGCAGAAAUACAUCACAUUUAUUUCUCUCUUUCCACUUUACUUUUUGUUUGAGUUUUUGUUCGGAUGAAAAGAAGAAAACUGCUGAAAACAAUCUUAAAACGGGCAAAACGAAGAAAACACAACUCACGCCUUAACUGCUGAGCAGAUGUCUGUAUGACCACUGAAGAAAGAGACAAUAUAGGGUGUUUUUUUUUUGUUUGUUUAAACGUAUGCACGGGAUUCCUUUAAGAUCUGAUAUUCUUUGCUAGGUAGUUCAACUCCAAGUCUGAAUGAUGAUACCUGAGUUAUAACUUCUGACCUUUUUAUUCUUAUUCUUUGUUUUGUUUGUGGUAUAUAUAUAUAUAUAUAUAUAUAUAUAUAUAUAUAUAUGUGUAUUUGUUGUUGACUAAUACAUUUAAGUUCGCUGUUUAGUUGUCUGUUAUUUGGAGGUUUUAAUGUAUGGAUUAUUUUAAUGUUUUUAAACAUUAAAACAUGAGAUUUUCUUGUAGAACUAGAAGAGAAAGAAAGAAAAAAAGCUCAACACGGGAACACAGACGACAAAUAGCCAUUGCAUUUAAGCACAUAACUACACUCAGUAGCCAAACUCUAGAGCUGUGUUAAGAAACAGAAACUCAGAAACAGAAUUUCAGCAAUACCUCCACUGACAAAAGUAUUUUACAGUACGUGUUCUGUCCUCUUAGAGGUGUUCUGCCUUAAUAGCUGUCUUCAGGAUCUCUGUGCAGGAAAGUCAAACUUUUAGAAGCAACACAGAAUUUCUGUAUUUGUGGGGUAGCUCUUUUGUGAUAAGUCGUUGUGAAUGUAAGAACAGGACUGAAGAAAUUUAAGUUUUUAAUCAUUUUUAAUGGAGGUGGCAUAUUAUUCAUUAAUAAAUGCCAUUACAAGGCCCUGGUUUCCCUUAGAUCCAGAUUACCAACCAGCUCACUGUGGAUAAACUCUACUUUGUCUGAGCAGCACAUGUUUCUACUUGUUUUCGACCAGUAUUUCUCAAUCCUGGUUCUGGAGGCCCAUUGCCCUGAACUAUUUAGGGUUUUCCCUGCCCACAACACACCUGAUCCAACUGAGGCCCAGAUAAACACUACAUAAUUUUACUCCCUGAUUUCCAAUCAUUGACUACAGUCAAUGAGAGUGCAGGAUAUGUGGAGAUCUUAGAGAGUUUAUGGAGAGCAGUCAGGCUCGCCGUGUGUUCCUCCUAGUGUAAGAUCGCACAAUUUGUGACUCUAUAUCUCUGAUUAUUUGUCUCUGAUCAAAGUCUUGUACUGUGGAAGCUAACCUACAACUACUAAAAUAUUCCUGAUUAUAAGACAAGAUUACAAGUCCUGUAGUGUGAACUUUAGCUCAUUACUCAGCUCAUUAACAGUCAGUUGUUGUGUAAAAGGUGUGUUAAAGCAGGAGAAGCACUAAAGUGUGAAGGACUUUCCUUGUUUUCUGAAGCUCUGAAUUAUAGACUAUUUUUCUAGUUUGAGUUUGUGUGUGAAACCACUGUACCUAAACAAGUGCCACUCAGUUUUAUUGACUGAUCACCAAACUCUACACUGGAAGCGCUGCCCAGUUGGUAGAAGAAUGUAUAUACUGUUUAUACUGGUUAUUUACAGUCUUGAUAUUCUUCUAAAGAGCUUAUUUUAUGUAUAUUUCCGAAUUAAAUUAAUCUAGUAGUUUAAUUCCUCAUUUAUGUCAGUAGGCUGUCCGUCCAGAAGCUUUUUUUUUGUAUUUUACGUUUGGGGUUUCUAUUUUUUAAAUAUUUUUCUGUCAUGUGAUGUGCUGUAUUUUUCUUUUAUUUGACACUCCAUAUGGUACCGUGUGUGGUAGAUUUUUGUUUCUGACAUUCUGACAUUGUAGUAAGGUGCACUUAAACGUAUUUUAAAACAGGAGAGUCGCUUAGAGUAUGUGAAUACAAUUAAAAUGCAAGUGCCUUUAGUAUGUAUACAUGCAUUUGGGCUGAACUGGGCACUUUUUUUUUUCCUUCAUUGUAUUUGGUUAAUUUUUGUAUUUAAAGUUUUUUAAAAUUGUUUCCCCUGAAAUUAAUGGGACCAAACUGGAAGCAAGACUUUAAAUUAAGUGUUGUGCAUCAUAAUUAUACUUUCUAAAAGCUGCUACAUGUCACCACUGUGCCUCCCUAAGUGAUGUCCAUGUUAAAAAAAAUAGUAAUUACAAGCUAGCUACGACUGACAAGUAAAUAAGAGCUAGAAAAGGUGCAAAAUAGUAACUAUAACUACUGUAUUGACUACUGUAUUUAACUAGAAGCUAGGCUAAGCUAUUUUUUUAACAGCCAGCAAACAUGUGACUCGCAAUGGGCUACGAUGAAUAGCAUCUACACAGCAGAGGUUCCAGUGUUAAAUCAGCACUGUUAGUGUUAAAUUAACACAAAAACUGCUGAUUUAAGUCUGAAAACAUUGCUGUAAAUAAAUCUAGUCACUAUAGCCAAUAAUUGCUAGUCUGUAGCUGCUAGUUACAUGUUUAACCCAGUGUAUAACCCAGUUCACUGGCUAGCAAACUAAUAAUUACUAUGCAGCUACUACUGUCACUGGAUAUUGACUAGCAACCUACUAGUAACUACUAACAAAACUAGUAACUAGCAUUUAGCAAGCUGUAGCUAGUAACUAGUUACUUGUCACCAUAAUGUAUCCCAAAGUCAGUGGCUUUUUCACACUCCCAGUGUAGAGACAGUGGUAGGGCUUGCUACUCCUAUUCCUUUACUUUGCAAUCAUAAACAAGAUGGCAGCUUCCAUUUCUGCCAUAUUUGAGCUUUAAAAUGUUGCAAUGUGAAAGAAUGAAGAGACAUUAUACACUCUAAUACAAAUGUUGGAAUUUCCUAGUUCUGAUUGGGAAGUUUUAACUGGAACGCUUCUACAGGUUGUAUUUUUUACUGGGAAAGUUGGGAGAGCCUUACCAACACGUUUCAGAAUUCAGAAUCCAGGAUGGGUGGCCUUAACUUUGACUGUAAAGCAGUAAAACAGUAGUAUCACACAGUUUAUUAUAAAGCACUUCUAUUUAUUAGUGUUUCAUUAAAUCAGUCAUACACACAGUACUGUCCAACUUCUAUCUUAUCUGUGGACAUGUUUCAGUGAGGUUUGGAUGCACAAAAUACUGCAUAGUAUGUUGUUAUCCACUGGCAGUGCAAACAUUGAUAUUCAAAUCAGCUGGAGCGACAUCUGAGGUAAAUGGAACGCAGCGGAAAAUUUUAAACAUAAUAAACAGUCUAUGGUGCCACUCCCUUUAUAAUGGCUCUACUGAGGACCAUUACUUGGUCAAUGACUGUGCUAAAAGGGUGUGAUUACUUUAUGUUUUUACUCAGUGGUGCCGUGUUCUUUUAAAACAUGCAACUUCCACAGUAGAUAUCUUUAUGAUUUGAUAACAUGAGAGCCUGCUUUAACAUCAUUUUAUCUAAUUUACUCUGUGGAUUGUUCUAAAACAUCAGGGUAGUUUCCCAGACAGGGAUUAAUCUUAGUCUAAGACUACACAGCAUUUUUAUUGGAGCCUAAGACUAGGCUUAAUCCUUGUCUGGAAAAAAACAACCCUCAUAGUGUAGCCUACUUUAUAACCACUGAGAGACUAUGUCAUGUAUUCCUAACUACUGCACUAUUCCACUAUUAACUAUUAUAUCAUUAAUAACUCCUUGUGAAUUUGAAGGGUAGUGUGAGUGUAGGGUUUGGCAGAGGAGGCCUCGCUCCUUUGUUCUUUUGUUCGUUCUUUUCAUCAUCUCUUCUUUAGUGCUUUUCAUACUCAAGGUGAAGGAUUUUUGUGUGUGUGUGUUUUUUUUGUUAUAUCAUUUUCCUGUAAGAUUUUUUUUGUGGAGGGCGGGUGGGUUGCUACAUCUAACCUUUUUUUGUCAUUGCUUAUGUUUGGCUUAUUAUUAAUAUUAUUAUAAAAUAUGAUUUAUGUUUUAUUGAGCAUAAACUGCGUGUUAAGACUGAGCAACACUUACAUUGGGAAGGCUAGGCUACUUAAAUUAACUUUCUGGCCAUACAAGCAACGUUUCUGCAAGAAAAAACAAAAAAAACAAGAGUAACAGCUAGACACUUAUGCUGUAACUGCAUGAACACACACAUCCUAAAAGUGUGUGUACAUGGUCAUUGCAGGAGUGCAAACACACUCUGCUGUUGAACGCUGGUCCUUAAGUUGAGCUUUCCUUUCUGUAGGAUUCUAUUUGUCUCCUUAGAGUCUUUUAUUAUGGCCCGAAGGUCAGGAUAUAUUUAAUAUAUAUACAUUGCAUUGUUUUGUGUAUGAAGUAAGAAGAAAUGCUAUAAUAUAUUUGAAGUGAAACAUUUUUUCCUUUCUUUAUAUGCGACUUGUUUAGAGAGUUUUUGCCAAAGUGUUCAAUAGUGUUCUUAAAACCUAAAAAAAAAAAAAAAAUGAAAACCACAAAAAAGAAAAAUAUGUUUUAGUUGUGUUUUUUGUUGUUGUUGUUGUUGUUGUUAUUGUUUUUUCAGUUAUACUGGACAGAGCUGGCCAGUUCUAACUGAAUGCUGACCCGACAUGGGCUCAAGCAUCCACUGAAAACAAUUUGCUCUCUAUCGCGAUCAUUUCAUUAACACUACAUAUGUAGUUUUAGGUGACUUUUAUUCUUCUUGCUACUUCAGAACUAAACGGACAAGUUGUUUGAUGGUUGCAGAUGUUUUCAAGCUCUUGCCAAAAUGUUUCUAACCGUCUCUUUGUAGAACUUUUUUAGAACUGUUUUCUAGCACACACUAUUUGUAAGAGGCUUUUUUUGGCAUUGUGUAGGCUAUUUAUAGUGGUUCAGUAGCUGAAUAAAGCAUUUUAAAAAAAGA